AUGGAACGUAAGCUAUUUUAUACUUCAAAAUAUGUAAAAAUCAAAAAUUAUGAAAAUCUUGUGGCAAAUUUGUCUUCUUUACUACAUGCAAGUUUUUUCAGUGAAAAUAUUUCUGCAAUGCAAUCAAAAUAUCCAUUUGUAUGCUCAUUGGAUUCAUUAACUAGGCAAAAAUUACUUCAUCAAGAAAGUUUUCUACCAGCAGGUUCUCCAAGAAUUGUCAUACACCCAAAUAAAGAGCAUUAUUUCUUUCCUGAAGGUGUGAAUUUUUACUUAUCAUUAUCUUGUACUGCUAUUGGAAAUCCCUUUCCUAAAAUUCGUUGGUUUAAAGGUGGUGUAGAAGAAGUACAGUUAUCUUCUAAUCAAAGUCCGUAUCUUUUAUCUGGUGGAUCGUUGCUAAUAUCAGCUAAUUUUGAUACAGUAUAUGAUAGUUACCACUGUACAGCAGAAAAUAAUUUGGGCAUUGUGAGAAGUACUGUUGCUAUUGUACGCCCAGCAUUUAUUUCAGCUUUUCAUGAUAAACGACUAGAUGUUCAUUCAAUAAAUUAUUUAAAUUCCGGUGCACGAAUAGAGUGCCAAGCGCCACCACAUUAUCCAAGAACAUAUGCUUAUUCUUGGGUGUUUAAUGGUACUGAAGAUCAAGUAAUCACGCAAAGUGAAAGAAUAUUCAUAUCACGAGAUGGUACUUUAUAUUUUUCUUAUAAUAUAAAAGAAGAUGAAACAAGUUAUGCUUGUUCUAUAAUGCUCACAUCAAUAAAUAAAACCAUUACUGGACCCUUUUUCAAUCUUCGCUUAUCCAAAUAUAUUAGUAUGGUGGAAUUCCCACCGCAUAUUGAUACAUUUCAACCCCAAAUAUUUCCUGAAAUGCCAGAAGUGGGCGAAAGCGUAUUUCUAGAAUGUUUUGCUUAUGCUCGUCCAUCACCAACUUAUCGUUGGAGUCGAAUAGAUGGUAAACCAUUGUCUAGAAAAGCUGCUUUGAUGAACAAUGGAAAUAUCCUGCGCAUUGAUGAACUUGACAUUGAUGAUGAAGGGGCAUAUCGAUGCACUGCAAUAAAUAAACUUGGUUCAAAUAGUGCAGCUCAUUUAUUUUGUUGUAAUCAUUUCAAAUUAAAAUUUGCAGUGAAACCAGAAAUUCUGACACCACUGUAUGAUCAAAUAAUGCCGAUAAAUGUCACAGUUUUAUUUGAUUGUUUUCUUGCUAAUAGACCACAGUCAUUAUUAUCCACUAUUGAAUGGUUUCGAGAUGCUUCUCCACUGAAUGCUUUAUUGUUAUCUAAAGAAGAACGAGCUCGAAUUAUCAUUCAAUUUAAUAAACUUACAAUUUUAUCAACUCGUUUUGAAGAUAGUGCAAUAUAUCAGUGCAUAGUGAGUAAUGAGAUUGGAUCGACAAGUUCAUCUGCUCGGCUAACUAUUGUAGAAUUCAAACCACAUUUUGAUAUUACUUCAAUGCCCAAGAAACUUUCUUAUAUUGCUGGAAUGCCUUUGGUUAUUCCAUGCAUCUACCAAUCAUCGCCAUCAGGUUUUCCUGCGUGGUUUCGUCCGGGUGGAGAACCAAUUCAUAAUUUUGGUCGCGUACGGCAACAGCCUGGAAUUUUUUUUCAUAAGCUUAUUUUCGACUAUCUAAAAUCUAAAAAACCAAAUGUUACUGUACUUCCGAAAAUCAAAUUUUUUUCAUCUCAUACGGGUAAUUUAUCUAUAAGUUGUGAAGUUGAAACUUUAUGCAAGAAUACAGAUGACUGUAGAGAAGCUCAGUUUGAUUGGGCUCUCAACGAUCAACCACUUCGAUCUCUUCCUCUCCACAAACAAAUUACUUCCAUUCUUCCAUCAAUAUUAGGAGCACAAAGACUUGGCCGUUUUGCGUGCACAUCAUUGUAUGGUGGUGGUGCAUCUGACUUACAGUUUCGACCUUUACCUCUUUCACCAACUAAUAUUCACGUUAUCAAUAUUACUGCUAAUUCUGUGAAACUUUCAUGGAAUCAGCCCAAUCUCAUAAAUGCUGGACAAUGGCAUAAACAAUUUCGUGUAAAAGCUUAUGAUGGAAAAGAAUUUGGCUAUCCAUCAAGAAGUACAUCUUGGCUGAAAACAUUGGGAUCCGAACCAUUAGAGCCUAUUAAUCAUAUUUGGUGGAAAAAAGUGAACAGUCAUCAAGUUCUACUACAAUGGGAUCCUGGUGAGCUGAAUAAUCGUAGUGGUCCUAACCUUCGGUACCUGAUUAUUUGGUAUUAUUGCUCAAAGAAUGACACAAAAUAUUCAGCAACAAUUCACAAUGAAAACUAUAUUUUACAACUGAGUGAUAGUGUGGAAUGUGAAGCAUUGAAAAUCACUAUUUUACCGAUUAAUGAUAUUGGUGUUGGUCAUGUUAGUUAUACAAGGAUAUCUUUGCAGAUAACUUGUAUCAAUGAUUUGAAAAUAGGAAUUAGUCAAUCAUUUAUUGGAAAUAAUACUUAUUGGUUAUUUAGUGGACUAUCACCAAAGAUUACUUACACUUGCAAUAUUUCUGCUUUUGAUCAUUAUGGUCAUUUUGGUCUUUCUAAGGAGACAAUUGUAGUAACUAAAUUUGCUGCUCCAUUACGCUCUCCUAAUAUCAGCGCUCAUCGUAUUUAUCAAAUUAUUUUCUUGCUUAUAUCAGAAACUGCUGAAAAACCGAUAAUACUUUGGAUCAAUGAAUCUGAUUUGCAUAACAAAAAUGCACCCAGCGCUGAAGUCAAAGGAUUGAAAUUAAUGCAUCAGUACACAUUUAGGGUAUGUAUCUAA